GGGUCACUUUUCCGUCAAUAUGAGUGAGAUGUGCCCGCUGUCUGUGUCCCGGUGAGGGCUCCGUCAUCGGGUCUACGCCGGGAACACACCAGACGGUGCUCCGUUAGUCCGGGAGGCCAUUACCGGCGGGGGAGGAGCGCUAGUCAGCUGUUAGCUAAUGAGCUCGUCGUCUCCCAGCAUCCUGCUGGUGGAGCCAUUCUAUGGUGGAUCUCACAAACAGCUGAUCGAUCUUUUGAACGAAAAUAUCAUUGACUGCUGCGUCUUCACACUCCCCGCCAAGAAGUGGCACUGGAGGGCGAGAACAGCAGCACUGUACUUCAGCCAGACCAUCCCCACCUGUCCAACGUACAGGGUUCUGUUCAGCAGCUCGGUUCUGAACCUGUGUGAGCUGGUGGCUCUCAGACCUGAUCUGGCUCGACUGAAAAAGAUCCUCUACUUCCAUGAGAACCAGCUGGUUUAUCCGGUCCGCAAAGACCAGGAGAGAGACUUCCAGUACGGAUACAACCAGGUUCUGUCAUGCCUGGUAGCAGACGUCGUCGUGUUCAACUCGUUCUUCAACAUGGACUCUUUCCUGUUGUCUAUCUCCUCCUUCAUGAAAAAGAUUCCUGACCAUCGACCCACAAACCUCGAGCAGCUGAUCCGUCCCAAGUGUGUGGUCCUGAGCUUCCCUCUCCAGUUUCCUGACGUCAGCAGGCUGAUGCCCAAACACAAACUGGUCCGUCAGCAGCAGAUCAGUGAUGAGCCUCACACUCACAGGAUUUAUUUUUCUAACAGGUCUGAGGAUCCACAUCCGUCCACAAUUGAACAUGACCUGGAACCAGUUUCAGACCAGGACUCUGGAGACCAGAUCAAACCUCUGCACAUCGUCUGGCCUCACAGAUGGGAACAUGAUAAAAACCCAGAGCUGUUCUUCUCAACACUCAUGAGACUGAAAGAGAAACAACUGAACUUCAAGCUGUCGGUGCUCGGAGAGACAUUCACUGACAUCCCAGCCAUCUUCUCUGAGGCUCGCCGUCAGCUCGACUCUCACGUCGUCUCGUGGGGUUUUCAGAACAGGAAGUUAGAUUACCUCAGAGUUCUGUGCGAGGCAGACGUGGUUGUCUCCACCGCCAAACAUGAGUUCUUCGGCGUCGCCAUGACGAUGUUGAUUCAGCUCUGGGAACAAACAUUAAAAAGAAGAAAAUCCUCUGGAACGAAAACCCAGCAAAUCCCAGCUGGUCUGAAAGUUUUAGAGUUAGAAGCUGUUCACUGCGGAUGUUUUCCUCUGUGUCCGAAGGCUUUGGUGUAUCCUGAAAUAUUUCCAGCACAGUAUCUGUACUCCACACCUGAGCAGCUGUGUAAACGUCUGCAGGAACUUUGCAGGAGGCCCGACCUCGCCCGCAGACAUGUCGUCAAGGUCGACACCUCCUCCUUCUCCUGGAUGCAUCUGAAGGAUCGUUUUAAGAUGCUCCUGCAGACACAGGUCCCUGAACGCACCGCAGGCCAGUCUGAGGCUGAAGUCCAUUAGCUGUUAACGGUUUGGAGGUUUGGAUGGAGCGUCUGCCAAGCCCUCGUCACGCCUGACUUGAUGCCUUGUCCUGCAGAACGCCGUGGUGACAUCCAGGAUGAGCGUCUCUAGUUCCUCUGAGCUCCGAAUCAAAGAACGGCCGGAGACGCCGAGUCUGGAACUGUAAACGUCUCCGUCUUCUGGAGAACAACUCGCUUUUAUGUGUCUGAUUGGGGGGGGGGGUGUUAACUGUAAAAGCUCUCAUGUGGCCACAGGCAGCACCGCCUCCUGAAUCCUGAAACCAUUUUGAUCUUCACCACAGCCCCCAGGUCACGUGAUCAUUGUUACCAGGUGUGAACCUGAGAGUGACGCUCCAUCACACACUGUUGCACCACAUCACAUCAUCACUAUGACGACACAACACGACCUCAUGAUGUGAUCUGCAGAGCAGAAACAAAAUAUAGAACAAGAAUAGUGUAUUAAUGAAAAACUGAAAAGCAAACUGAAUUAUUGUAACUUGUUUUUAAUAAAAAAUGUUGAGUGAG